AUGACAACAACAAUGGAUAACACACCUACCGCCCCUGCACCGCACCCUCCAUUAUACAUCGAACCGACCUCCUCGGCAGGCUUCGACUGGGUGAACCACAGCAACCAAUGCCCACGCCAUUCCUCUCCAGUACCCCCAACAUCUCCGUCUCCCUCCUCACCCUCACACUCUCCUUCACCCACCACAACCACAACCACAACCACAAACCCGUGCACCUGCACCUCCAACUUGAAAACCCUGAACUUGAUCCUCCCACCUUAUUCCCUGCCCGUGUCAUGGCUCUGCGGCACCUGUGGCGCGACCCGCUCGGUCCUGGUAAUCCUUAUUAACCAGCGGGUGGUGGAAGAGUGGUGCUGCGGGUCGCCGGCGCUGCGCGCCGUGUACGACCAGUUCGGGCGCAUCUUUUUGUACUGGCGCGACCGGGACCCGGCCGUGUCGGACCUCCGUGAUCCGGGGCAGGUGCGUGAGGCGGCGGAGAGGGUGUGGCGGGCUGGUGGAGGGGAGUUGUUGGGUUUGGGUUUGGGCGAGGGUUUUGGGGGAGGGUUGGAGCAGUUUCAGUUGGAGUUGGGCGGCGGUUAUCAUGAUCAUGAUGAUGGGCAUGGCGGUGGAACCGUGAUGGAAGGGGGGGUGAACUUGAGCGGUAACCUGCUGGGGCAGGUGGCGCCGGUUAGGACGAUUUUUGGUGGUGUUCAAGUUGCUGGACGGGGGAAGGGUGGCGUCGUUGAGGCGGUGUGGAAGUGGAGUGGACGUCGGCAGACGAGGUUGUCACAGUCUAGUGUGAUCAGUGAAGACUCGCUUGAUGAGGAGUUGGCGACAACGGAACAGUGA